AUGGCCACCUUGGGCUCUAUGUCUCGAACAGAACUUCCCCCAGAAAUCUGGCGGCAUAUCUUGUCCUUUUUGUCGGAGCCAUAUGAACUUCUCCCAAUCUGCGGGGUGAACCGUCUCUUCUACGAUGUCGCUGUGGACUAUCGGUACAGAAACCUUCGAAUGGGGUUUCCCUCAAAUAGCGCUGUAUUCAAGCUUCGUAGAGCCAGGGAUCCUUGGCUGGCAAAGCGCGUCAAAUCGCUGUACAUCUCCACCGAUGCUAUUGAACUGCUGUUCAAAGACUGGUCCUCCUUCCUGCUGCCAUCGAGGCCGCAUUGGUGGAACGCCAUUCUGUCUCUCCUACCCGACGCCGUUCUGAAGACGGUGGCCUUCCCGGAACCUAAACCGCCACCAGAAAAGAAGGACGAGUGUACGAACAUAGGUGCGGAAGAGAUCUCCAAUCUUAUCCUCGACGCCGCCGACGGGAUGACGAACAUCGAGAAACUGGAAUUUCAUUCCACUCCCACCAGCGAACUUGACUUCGAGCUUGAGUUUAUGCGACUUUUGUGUUCGCGUCUGCAGCAUUUGCAGACUCUGACAUUUUGGGUGGGCACUGAUAAGGUGCAUUUGGUGCUGCCCGUCCUGCAAUUCUGCAAUCUCAAAAAAAUUACGCUGCACAUUCACGCAUGUGGAGCUGGAGGGCCUGCUCCCUCUGCAGAUGCAUGUCCUCGAAUACGCCAAUUUCUAAGGUACUUCGCACCGACGCUAGAAAGCCUCACCGUCAGUACGUUUGAUCGCGAAGUCAUUGAACGAAUGUCGUUAGCGCUUCACGAUGGCGCUGUUAUGCCCAGACUUCGAAAGCUCAGCAUCUUCCUCAUGAUCAACGAUAUUCAGGCAUUCCAAUCCAUCAACACAAACUAUCCCGCGCUCACCGAAUUAACGUUGACGACGUUUACUCCCGCUACAAUAGUCUCCCUCGCGUACCUCCAGCUCCCAGAACUGCGCUCCCUCACGCUGUGGUUUCGACAUAUAAACACAACACAAGGUUUAUGGAACGGGUCAUCGAGUUUCACCAAGCUCGAGACGCUGCAUCUCAUGAACGGCUGCGAACUAUGCCCGGACGAGGUCGCUCAGCUAUGCCGAUUUUUCAAGAAAGCGAAUAUCAUCGAUCUCAUGCUUUGUGUCUACAUCCUCGAUGGGGACCUCAUCGAUACCCUCGCCCUCUCUUUCCCCUCCCUGUCGACACUCAUCUUAACUGCUCAGCAUGUUGGGCGGGUGGACAUCAUCCCAACUCCGGACGUCGAUCUGGCCUCCUUCGAAAUGGAAAUGCAGGACCGAUCUUACCCCGAAUGGAACCUCUCUUGGGUGAAUGUGGCGCUGCCUGUAAGUGACUGGAACAACUACACCGCUCGUAUGGAAGCUGCCCGAAUGGUAACAUCCAUUGUGACUCGGUGCAUACCCAGUAUGAACAAGCGCGGGGGUGACGAGGAGGAGCUGCUGUAG